GUCGUGUCGAGCCUGUUCGAGCGGAUUCUGUGACGCUUGCCACUCGGCCAUCGGAGCUCGGAUGGCAGAUUCCAAAGAGCUCGAACACUCCCUAUCGGAGACGCCAGUGCAAGAUGCAGCUUCGGCAAUGAAUGGACUCAGCCUUGACACAGUAUCGACAAACGACCCGGCAGCUCCACAAGCUGCCCAAAAUGGAGACUCGGAGGUGACGGAAGGAGGAAGCUCAGCGAAAGCGAAGAAGAAGAAGCGGCAGAAGCUAGCAGCCAGAGCAAAAGCAAAGAUGGAAUCCAUCCUGCAGUCCACAUCUCAUUUCGACCAAGACGAUACGGCGGCCAAUGGUGACGCUACAUCUGCUUCUACUUCUGCCCAAGGCACGAGUACAUCGCCGUCGAACAAGGGAGGGGAGAGGGAAGGUGCUGUGGGAUCGGACGGGAAAGUGAAGAUGAGCGAGAGGCAGCUGACAGAGAUGAUGAUGCGGGAGAUACGUAAACACCCAGAAGCGGCUCACCUGUCACCGGAACAGCUCAUGCAACUCGCUUCCCAACUCAACGCAAAGGAUGUCAUCCAGGGUCGAUCAGGUCUGGGAGGCAAGAACAGAAAAGACAUGGGUACUCACAAGUUCUGGGCUACCCAGCCUGUGCCCCAGUUAGGCAAGACGCCAGAGAAGUUCGAAGAGGGAGUGAUAGAAGAAGAUGAGACGUACACAAACGUUCGCAAGGAGCCUUAUCCUCUUCCGAAGGACUACGAAUGGGUCACCAUGGAUCUCACCCAAUCCACUCAGUGUCAGGAGGUCUAUGAGUUAUUGACUCAUCAUUACGUGGAGGAUGACGAUGCCAUGUUCCGAUUCGACUACUCCAACGACUUUAUCCAAUGGGCGCUCAAGCCACCCGGCUAUAUCGCAGACCACCAUGUCGGAGUACGAGUAACGGCGACGAGGAAGCUCGUAGCCUUUAUCACCGGCAUACCCCUCAAUUUGCGUGUCCGAAAAUUAUCCCGGUUCUGUACAGAGAUCAACUUCCUGUGUAUCCACAAGAUGCUGAGGAGCAAGCGACUUGCGCCACUGCUCAUCAAAGAGAUCACCCGUCGGUGUCAUCUCAUAGGUAUCUACCAAGCUAUCUACACCGCCGGUGUCUUCCUUCCCACCCCCGUUGCUACCUCUCAAUACUACCAUCGAUCGCUCAACCCGAAGCAUCUCAUCGAAGUCGGCUUCUCUGCUCUGCCGCGUCAUUCGACCAUGGCCCGAGUGAUCAAACAGUACGAACUGCCCCAAAAUACCUCUUUGCAAGGGUUGAGAGAGAUCGAAUCUGGCGACGUGCAUUCCGUCGCUUUGCUUCUCAGGCAAUACAUGGCGCGAUUCGAUGUAGCUCCCCUGUUCACCAACGAAGAGAUUGAGCACAAUUUCCUCAACUCAAAGGGAUCCGGUCCUCUUGUUUCGGGCAAGAGGAAAGGCCAGGUCACCUGGACGUACGUUGUCCAAGAUCCGCAAUCUGGCGAGAUCACAGAUAUGUUCUCGUUCUACACGCUUCCGAGUACGGCCAUGAGGACGGAUCCUCCUUCUUGUGUCAAUGCGGCGUAUCUGUACUACUAUGCCAGUCAUCAGGUGCCGACAGGCGAAGGCGCGAGUUGGGAGAGCGAGAAUCUGUCAGAUCGAACUCGAUUACGGCUACGACUGACUGCGCUCGUGACGGAUGCGCUCAUCAUUGCUCGCAAUGCCCACUUCGACGUCUUCAACGCGCUCACGCUCAUGGAUAACAAUCUCUUCAUCCACGAUCUCAAAUUUGGAGCGGGCGAUGGUUUCUUGAACUACUACCUCUACAACUGGCGCGCUCAUGCGAUCGCGGGAGGAUGUCGGCCGCCCGAAGGAAGAGGGAUCGAAGCCAAGAGUGCGAGUGCGAUUCCCGAGCUGGGCGGGAAACCGAACGGAAGCGGAGUUGGCGUGGUGAUGCUGUGAAUGCAUCCUCAUGAGCGAGCAUCGGGGGCGUGGUGCGAGGAAGAGGGAGAUCGAGGAGAAUGCUGUAUGCAAACAGUAACACUACGUCUAUCCGCUCUUGCCUUCCGGGUUGGGGUUCAUUCUCCUCUUGCCGCCCGGUCCGGUGACAGCAUUGACGAACCUGCGGUUGUAGAGGAUACGCUUCUUCGCUCGGCCAGUGAGCUUCUUCUUCUUUUCCUGAGGCUCGACCUUUGGCGUUUGCGAUUUGACUUUGCCUGCUCGCGCUAGCGAUCCGUGUACUUUGCCCAUGGCUGGCGGUCGACUUC